AUGUCUGAUAUGAUAUCACAUUUUAACCAGCAUAUUGCUGGAUUACGGAUAUUGCAAAAUGAUGGAAGUCUUGAAAAUAUUAGACAUAGAUUACCUUUUGAUUUUCGGUUGGGAAUGGUGGGAUACUUUGGUUAUGAAAUGAAAUUAGAAUCAAUGCCUAACUGUUCUUUAUCAAAAGAAUCUUCGAAUCAUUCCUUUACAUCUAAUAGUCCAGAUGCAGCGUUUAUUUUCGCAACUCAGGCAAUAAUAUUUGAUCAUGUUGAGAAACGGAUGUGGGUUGCUGGGUUGGUACGACUUGAUGACUGUGAUGUUUCUGCUUCAUUGAAUCAUGCAGAUCUUGGUGAAUUAUGUAGAAUUACUGGAUUUUCGUGUUCAGAUUUUUUAUCAUGGGUCGUGUCUACCGAAAAACAAUUGCGUAUCAUCAAUGCCAAACCUCCCGUAAUAUCAAUUAAUAACAAUUAUAAGCCUUCGUCUUCUACUACAAUUCAACCUCCCUUUAUUUCCGACAUGACAUCUGAUUCCUACAUAAAAGCAAUCAAAAAGUCACUUCAAUAUAUUUACGAAGGUCAAUGCUAUGAAAUUUGUCUUACCACACAAAUACGAACUUCAUUAAAAAAUAGACUCAAUGAUAUUUGUGAACUUUAUCAACGUAUUAGAUUGGAUAAUCCUGCACCAUUUUCUGCAUUUCUCCAUUUUCCAACAGAAGAUGUAGCAGUAUUAAGCUCAUCUCCUGAAAAAUUUAUUCAAAUAAAUAGCGAUGGUAUUGUAGAAAUGAAACCAAUUAAGGGCACUCUUGCGAGAGCGGAAGGUUGUUUUUGUUCAAAAAAGGAAGAAUGUGAUAAUGGUCCGCGAUGUGAAGAAAUUAGAGAAAAAGAGGAUAUGAGGAGAAAACAUGUUCUUGAAGGAGAUUUAAAAGAACGUGCCGAGAAUUUAAUGAUCGUUGAUUUGAUCCGAAAUGAUUUGGCGCAAAUAUGUCCACCACAUACUGUGGAAGUUCCUGAUUUAAUGAAAGUAGAAUCUUAUGAAACUGUUCAUCAACUUGUGACCACUGUUCGCGGACAAUUAAGUGACAAAUUAGAUUGUGUUAAGGCAGUGCAAAGAUCCAUGACUGGUGCACCUAAACUGCGUGCAAUUCAUCUUCUGAAUGAAUUGGAAAAUAACUCUCCAAGAGGAGUUUAUUCUGGUUGUUUGGGAUAUAUAUCUUUACAAGAUGGGUACCAAAAAGACACUGCUCAAUUUAACGUCAUUAUAAGAACUGUUGUUGUUUGUAAUGGAACUGGUAUGAUCAUGUAA